AUAAAAACGAUUUAAUAUCAUGAGAUACCGAUGAAUCAAAAUACUUUUUAUCGAACCGGAGCAAAUCUCCCUAUGACAACACCACUGUCCGAAACAAGCGGAUCACAACAUUGCGAGACCCCACAAAACGGGAGCUCCACCCUUCCGGGUGCACAUAAUAAAUUGCCGUCCUAGGACCCUCACCGGCGGGACCCACAAGUCACCUCAAAACCAUCCACGAAAGCCGUGACUCCCCUCCUCCUCCUCCUCCAUGGUGGCCAUGAGCCUCUUUAUUUAGCUGCCUCCCAUCAUUCCUUCCUCCUUCCACCUCCACCUUUAUUCUCGCCACCACUCGCGGUCGCGGCUGCCCGCUUGCUUCCGCUUCUCCAAAGCUCUCGUUGCGCGCAGCACUGUGGACUAUGCACUCUCCCCAUCCCCUACUCGGAGGAUACACCGUGAGUAGGCGUGGUGGUGCUUGGUAUCAAAUGUCAAAUAUGUUGUCCUCCCGUUUUCGUGCAGUCGAUCUAACACCGUUUCUUGCUAAUUCGUUUUCGUUGCCCGGAUCACAGAAACCUUAUUUUGCAACAAAAAGGAUCCUUUUUUAUGAUCUUACCUUCUCUUUUUCACUGCUUUUGGAUUAACCUGCAGCUUCUGUUUGUUUGUCUGCUCCAAUCUGCAGGUUCUUGAGGGUUGAGAACGUAGCCUGAACCUGAUCUCACCGAUCGGCAGCUUGGUAUUUUGGGGGAAAGGUUGUUCUGUACUGUCUCUUCAAUCUGUUGUGAAUUCGUGACAGGUUCUUGCAAAACAAAAACAAACAAACAAAAUCAGUGCAAAUUGUUAGUAGCGUUUUAGCUUGUAGUAGAUCGAUCGAUCGAUCGAUUGAGGACGAGAGAUUUGCUAACAUGGCGUUGGCAGGGACCUCCAAAGUAGUGCUGGGAUGUGUCGCUUUUGGGAUUUUCUGGGUGCUGGCCGUCUUCCCCACCGUCCCGUUCAUGCCCGUUGGCCGGACGGCCGGUUCCCUCCUUGGCGCCAUGCUCAUGGUCCUCUUCCGUGUCAUCUCGCCGGAGGACGCCUACGCCGCCAUCGACCUCCCCAUCAUAGGCCUCCUCUUUGGCACCAUGGUCGUCAGCAUCUUCCUCGAGAGGGCUGACAUGUUCAAGUACCUCGGCAACCUGCUGUCGUGGAAGAGCCGGGGCAGCAAGGACCUGCUCUUCCGCGUCUGCAUCGUCUCCGCCAUUGCCAGCGCGCUCUUCACCAACGACACCUGCUGCGUCGUGCUCACCGAGUUCAUCCUCAAGGUGGCCAGGCAGAACAACCUGCCGCCGCAGCCGUUCCUCCUCGCCCUCGCCACCAGCUCCAACAUCGGCUCCGCCGCCACGCCGAUCGGCAACCCGCAGAACCUUGUCAUAGCCGUGGAGAGCGGCAUCUCCUUUGGCCAGUUCUUGCUGGGUGUUUUCCCGGCGAUGAUCGUCGGCGUCCUCACAAAUGCUGCCAUCCUGCUCUGCUACUUCUGGAAGUACUUGUCAGUGGAGAAGGACCAGGAGGGCGGGCAGCCGGCAGGGCCGGAGGUGGUCGCCGACGACGAGGUCACCUCGCACAGGUUCACGCCGGCUAGAAUGUCCCACGUCUCAUCUCUGAACCCAGACGACAUGGAUUGCAUAAGCGAACCAAUCAUUAGGAGUAACAGUGUGAGGAGCACCAGUGCAAAUGAGAAUCUGAGGAGCAGAAGUGUGAAUUCAGAGGCAGACAUACAGCUCGCGAUCAAGUCGCUCCGGGCAUCGAGCAUGUCGCACGAGAUGGUGGAGGUCUCGACUGUCACUGACAGGAGGGAUGAAGGUGCAUCCUCCAGGAAGUUCACAAGAACUGCUAGCCAGCAAAGGAGUGUGAUCAUAGAGGACUCGCCGCCCUCUCCCGGCAGCAAUGGCGAGAAGGAGAAGGAAGAUGAGGUUGUAGAGAAGAAAUGGAGGGUGUUUGUGUGGAAGACUGCUGUUUAUCUGAUCACUCUUGGUAUGCUCAUUGCACUUCUGAUGGGGCUUAACAUGUCAUGGACAGCCAUCACUGCGGCUCUUGUUCUUCUGGCGCUUGAUUUUACUGAUGCACAAGCUUGUCUGGAGAAGGUGUCAUAUUCAUUGCUGAUCUUCUUCUGCGGGAUGUUUAUCACGGUUGAUGGCUUCAACAAAACUGGCAUACCGAACACACUCUGGGAGUUAGUGGAACCAUAUUCACGAAUUGACAGUGCUAAGGGUGUUGCUCUUCUUGCUGUGGUGAUUCUUAUCCUCUCAAAUGUGGCCUCAAAUGUCCCCACAGUGCUACUGCUCGGCACAAGAGUGGCUGCAUCAGCUGCUGCAAUUUCUCACGAUUCAGAGAGGAAGGCCUGGCUUAUCCUAGCGUGGGUCAGCACGGUUGCCGGGAACCUUACACUGCUGGGCUCAGCUGCGAACCUCAUCGUCUGCGAGCAGGCUAGAAGAGCCCAGUUCUUCGGCUACAACCUCUCGUUCUGGAGCCACCUCCGGUUCGGGGUGCCGUCGACCAUCGUCGUCACGGCGAUCGGGCUGCUCAUCGUCACCAGUUACUGAACAAGCUGACAGCAGCGUAAGGUAGCGUACAAGAAGAAGCUAGAUGAACCAACCCUUUCAAUAAGAGAGAAGAGAGUACAUGUAAAAUUUCUAAGAUAGGCUUGUCAUGUAAAACUUGUGUGUGUAUCUAUUAUGCCUUCUGCUGCGUCUGUAACCUUGAUCAUUUGUUGUCGCUAAGCAGACGAUGGAUUGAGAAGGAUGCUGCAGACAUAGCAGAGAAAGCAACCUGCAUCUUUCAGUUUUAAGUUUUUUUUUUCUUCGUCAGAGCCUUAAGUUGCAAAUAGGGUGGGUUAAUGAAGAACGUUAUUGCAAUCUGAUUUUAGCUUUU